AACAACACAAGUGGUGGAGGGGGGGAAAAGGCACCGGCUGAAAGGAAAACAAGGGGUCCGACGAGAAGCUUUAAGAAACCGGACGGUCCCAUGGUCUUGGAGUAUGACAACAAAGGCCAACCCGGGCCCAAAUGGCGUCGACAAUAUGCUAAUCAAGUUGGCUUAUGUUCGCGGAAAAUCCCCAUUACACUUGUAAUGCGGCAAGUACCUCCGGGUUUGAUUCAAGCAUUUUGGGAUGAUACAAGGAGGCAGUUUUCUAUUCCUAAUGAUCCCGAGAAGAAAAGGGUGUUUGUCUCUUUAUUAGGGGAAAGAUUCAGAGGCUUUAAGACCAAGUUGACUAAUCGGUGGAUCCAUAAGAAGAAGAAGGUGCAAACAAAGAAGAAGAAUGCCAAAGAGGAUAACCGUCUCCCGUGGCAAAUAUGGUUGACCGUGUCAAAAGAUGAUUGGGAAGAGUUCGUUAGAAUGAAGAGUCAAAAGAAAGCCAUUGUAAGUUUGUGUAAAUCUGAUGUCAAUUGAAUAAUAGCUUGACACUUUUUGUAUUAAUGAGACUAACAUUUUUUGUUUUGUAGGAACUUCGAGAGAAAAAUCAAGCGAAUGCAGAAAAGAAGGAAUACGUCCAUCGUAUGGGUCCUAAGACUUUUGCUGAAAAGAGACCUGAGUGGGCCGC